AUCCAAUAAUGGCUUGAAAUAUCAGUUAUCAAAACGCAACAUUGUCAACAUCACACCCUUUUUGUGCCCUUUUUGUGUUUUUUUUUAUUCUCUCUCUCACUCUCUUACACAUUGUUCUAUUCUUCAGUGAGUAGUAUCUUUGGUGUGUGUCCACAAUGAACAGCAUCUCAUCGAUCACGUUUGAUUCUCACGCGAUAUGCAACCCUCACCGCCCCUUUUCAUCUCGCCGCUUUCAUCUCGCUCGAAACCUUGUCGUAUGCUCCGCUAAGCCCGUCGCACCUCCUCCCACCAAGCUCGCCGCUGCCGACACAUCCGCCGCCCGCAUCGGCUCGCUGAGCCAGGUCUCUGGCGUGCUGGGUUGCCAGUGGGGUGAUGAGGGCAAGGGUAAACUCGUCGACGUCUUGGCCCAACACUUCGAAAUCGUUGCUCGCUGUCAGGGUGGAGCUAAUGCUGGGCAUACUAUCUACAAUGCAGAAGGGAAAAAGUUUGCGCUUCAUCUUGUUCCUUCUGGUAUUCUGAACGAGGAUACUCUGUGUGUUAUUGGGAAUGGGGUUGUAGUGCACCUGCCGGGGUUGUUUAAAGAGAUUGAUGGUCUUGAAUCAAGUGGGGUCUCUUGCCAGGGAAGGAUAUUGAUAUCUGAUCGUGCUCACCUGUUAUUUGAUUUCCACCAAGUAGUGGAUGGAUUGAGGGAAACCGAGCUUGCUAAAUCUUUCAUCGGCACCACCAAGAGAGGCAUUGGACCCUGCUACUCUAGCAAGGUUAACCGCAAUGGUAUCCGAGUAGGUGAUUUGAGGCGGAUGGAUACUUUCCCCCAGAAGCUUGAUGUUAUAUUGUCAGAUGCAGCAUUAAGGUUCAAAGAUUUCAACUAUGGUCCAGACGUGCUAAGGGAAGAAGUUGAAAAAUACAAGAGAUAUGCUGAGAGGUUGGAACCAUUUAUUGCUGAUACUGUGCAUGUCAUGAAUGAGGCCAUAACACAGAAGAGGAAGAUUUUGGUUGAAGGAGGACAAGCAACCAUGUUGGACAUUGAUUUUGGAACUUAUCCAUUUGUUACAUCGUCUAGCCCAUCAGCAGGCGGGAUAUGCACUGGUCUUGGUAUUGCUCCAAGGGUGAUUGGUGAUUUAAUAGGAGUGGUGAAGGCAUACACUACAAGAGUUGGUUCCGGACCUUUUCCUACUGAAAUUCUGGGUUCAGGGGGUGAUCUCCUCAGAUUUGCUGGGCAGGAGUUUGGCACAACUACUGGCCGUCCUCGGCGGUGUGGCUGGCUGGAUAUAGUAGCCUUGAAAUACUCAUGUCAGAUAAAUGGUUUUUCAUCGUUGAAUCUUACCAAGCUGGAUGUUUUAUCAGAUCUUGAUGAAAUUCAGUUGGGUAUUUCUUACAAACUUGAUGAUGGCACCUUAAUCAAAUCAUUUCCCUCUGACCUCCGUCUUCUUGAGCAAUUGAAGGUGGAAUACGAAGUACUUCCAGGAUGGAAGUCUAAUAUUUCUUCCGUAAGAAACUACUCUGACCUUCCAAAAGCUGCACGGCAAUACGUGGAAAGGGUAGAAGAACUUGUGGGGGUCCCUAUUCACUACAUUGGUGUUGGACCUGGACGUGAUGCCCUCAUAUACAAAUGAUUUUUCAUGUUGAAUUUGCAUGCCUCUGUAGGUAAAGUUGAGGCUUUUUGCGGUAGGGAUGCCAAUUCCCGCUAACAUUUGAUGAGUUUUGGGAUGAAAACAUAUUCGUGGUGACGAGUGAGGAUCACCUACAUGAUGUAAUAUAGUGCUAGCCGUUUUGAAUGGCAUUUUGGAUUUCAUAUAGAAAUUUGAUUCAGGAUACUUCACCGUCUAAUUUUGCAAUACUUGUCGCAAUGAUGAGUCUGAGUUAGAUGUCCGGUGAUAACAUGUGUCCCCGUUACUCAUGUGGUAGAAAAUAAAUGUUAUACUAUCAACAAUGUUGCAUCA